CCCAAAAGAAAAUGUUUGUAAGGUGGAGGAGGACGGGGUUUCCAGUGACCAGCACCUGGAUAACCUGGAGAGGAGCUGCAGUCCGGACCAGGAGGAACCAGGGCAUCCACAGACUACAGAACUGGAGGAAGACUCCAGCGGUCAGGAGAUGAAGCACGAGGACGUAGAGGUGGAUAUCUCAUUGGUCAAUGUCGCUGAUGUGAAAGUUGAAAAUGGUGAACCAGGACCAAACUGUGGCCAGCUGCUGUUGCACACUUCUCCUGAAGCUCAAAACAAAGAUGAGGAAGGGACUGAAUGUUUACGCUCAGACUCCAGUAAAACUGCAGAUCCGGAGCCAAUGAGACGACACGGUGACCGCGAAGAUGCUGCUGUCCCGUCAGACAGCAACUGUAAAUCAAAGCUGACCAGGACCCACACGGGGAAGAAGGCGUUUUCUUGCAGCACUUGCAGGAAAGAGUUCAGUAAACGUUGUAAUUUAAUGGAUCACGCGAAGAUCCACACUGGCGAAAGGCCGUACCUGUGCAACACCUGCGGAAAAACCUUUACUAAAUCAUCAAAUCUUAAAAGCCACAUAACCACGCACACGGGUGAGAAGCCCUACAUCUGCAAAACAUGUGGAAAAAGUUACACACAACGUUCCACCCUGGUGGUUCACUCGAGGAUCCACACCGGCGAAAGGCCGUACCUGUGCAACACCUGCGGAAAAACCUUUACUGAAUCAUCAACUCGUAAACGGCACAUAACCACGCACACGGGCGAGAAGCCCUACAUCUGCAAAACAUGUGGAAAGAGUUACGAGCAAUGUUGCAACCUGGUGGUUCACUCGAGGACCCACAUGGGCGUGAAGCAAUAUUUGUGCAACACGUGCAACAAAGGUUUUAGCUGCAGAAUUGAUUUGCUGAGUUACAUGAAAAAUCACCCGGAGGAGAAGUCUGGUGACUCGUGACAAAUGAAGCUCAUGUUCUCCUCCUCCGGGGGCAGCUGUCCACUCCUGUCUGACCCACAGAAGAAGAACCCGCAGAAGUCCAACCACCACCUCCUGUGGCUGAUGAGCCUAAUCCCCUCCCCACAAGGGUUGCAGGUUCAACACGGAUUUAUGCUUCUCCGUCAACUUGGUCAACCGACGCAGAGGGAACGAUGUGGUUGUGUACAUUUUUUUUAAAGUUCUGCAUUGAGUUUGUUUGAAUCCCUGUUCCUUCUUAAAAUCGUUAUUAUUUGUUGCUGUUGGUAACUUGCUGUCUCCACGGUGCAAAUAAAGAGCUGUUAGUAUGUGCUGAAGUUUCUUUAAACGUGACAGUUUAUUUCGUUCAUCUACAAAGCCUCUCUCACACGUUCUUUUUCCCGUCUGUUUCUUCUUCACUCACAUUUUCUUUGUAAAGUUAAUCUGCAGCUCCUUGUUGUUAAACUCUCUCCAUGUACUCCAUUCAGAGGUUAUAUAUUGUGAUGUUAUACAUAGUUCGCUGAAAACUGUAAAAGGCUUUAUGCAUUUUAAAAUCUGAGCUGCACGUACAUCAGAUUAUCGUGAUAAUUCAUGGCACAAACUAAAUCAAAACAAUGUAAUUCAAAUGAUCCAUGCUGUGUUAUUGUAACUAUACAAGCUAAAGUUACAACAUAUUUAUGUACGUUUUUCACAUUAUUUACAUAAUAUGAAAUUAACAAUAUUAU